CUUGAGACAGUAAGAAACGAAGAGCUUUGUGUCGCCAUGGCGCGCCGUGAGCGAGAAGCAAGGGCCUUUGGCGCUGUGGAACAUAUGAUGCCCAGCCGCCAAGGAGAUAAAAACAACCGAUACUUGGUCGGACAUGCAGCCUUCGGACAAGGUCUCAUGCAACUGGAGAGGUGCGAAUUCGAAGAUGCCUCGGCAUCCUUGGAAGGUGCCUGGUCCGUUUGGAAGGAAGUCUUUUUGAAGGAUGCAGUGAGCAGUUCAGAUUCCGACACGAGUGAACUUGCUGAAGAGGAUCAAACUGAUCAACAUGAACCAACUGCUGGCUCCUCCUGCAGCUCCAGCUCUAGCCGCGGGAAACGCCACACCGCAACUUCCGGCCACGGGAAACUCCGGGCCUCGAAGCACUCGCCUGCGGCGGCCUGUGCGGAACGCUUCUUUCGGGCCAAGGGAUGCCAAAGCCUCGGGAAAAACUCAGGCGGCCGGUUGCCUCCCAAACGAGUGGGUACCUCUACUUCGGAGGCUUCCUUGGCCUUGAGAGG